AUGGCCACCGAAGCUACCGCGCGCAGGUUCUUCUCCUCGCCCCUCUUUGCCGUCGUCGGGGCGAGCUCCAACCCGGCCAAGUUCGGCCACAAGGUGCACGCCUGGUACCUCGACCGCGGCCUCAACGUGACGCCCAUCAACCCGGGCUCGCCGAGCGUCAGCGUGGGAGGCAAGGACUACGCCACGGCGCCCAACCUGUCUGCGCUGCCCGAGCCCAAGAAGACGUCCGUGUCCAUCAUCACGGCCCCCGCCGUCACCCUCGGCGUGCUGGAGGAGGCCAAGAAGCUGGGCAUCCCGGGCAUCUGGCUGCAGCCGGGCACCUUUGACGACGCCGUGCUCAAGUCGGCGCUCGCGGACGGCGCGUUUGAGUCGGUCGUCUACGGUGACGGCGGCCGCGGCCACGACGGCUGGUGCGUGCUUGUCGACGGUGACAAGGCGCUGCGGGAGGCGGAGAAGCUGUGA